AUGGACCGGCUCAAGCUAAAAAGGAGCGCCUUGAGAACUCAGGUGACCAAACUUAUUUCCGAGGCAGAAUUGUUCUUGGCGAGCCAUGCGAACGACGGAGCUCUCAGUGUCUUGUCGGCCAGGCUAAGUGCACUCCAAAUACAACUAAACGAAGUGGACAAUGCCAUUGAACCACUAGUUGUUGACGAAGACGCGGAGCAAAACUACAUAAGAACUAUCGAGUACAACGACCGGAUCGUCGCAUGCAUCGCGAAACUCAGCCAAGAAGCCGAAGAGCAAAAGGCAAAAAAACAAGCGGAAAUGGCCGCGACGCGGGCGCCGACCGACGGCCCUCCGAGGGCUGCGCAGACCCACGUUAAACUACCGAAGCUCGAGUUACAGCGAUUUAGCGGCGCUUCCACGGAGUGGCAGUCCUUCUGGGAGCAGUUUGAGAGGGCGGUGCACGAAAACGACACCCUCUCCGACUCUGAGAAGUUUCUGUACUUGCGGGCGUCACUUUCUGGGAAGGCUGCUUCGGCCAUCGACGGCAUCCAGGUGACGGGAGCUAAUUACAACACAGCCAUCGAGCUCCUUAAAGAGCGCUUCGGUCGACGAGACGUGCUCAUACAAGAACAUCUAACUCAGUUGCUCGAGUUGCCACCAGUACGCAACGAGAAUGAGGUUAUCGGCCUACGUCGACUCUAUGACCAUCUGCAGCGCAACAUAGCCGCUCUCGCAGCGCUUGGAGUCAAAACAGAUGGCUACGGUGCCCUGCUCUGCUCCGCACUCUUGCGAAUUCUGCCAUCGGAACUAGUAGUCAACUACCACAAGGGACUCUCCGCUGACAGCAAGGAAGAGGGGAUCGGCAUCGAGAGUUUACGAGCUUUUCUCAAGACCGAAGUGGAGAGCCGAGAGAAGGCACUGCAGACUGGCCACAGCGAAGUAAAAGGAUCCAGCUCAAAACAUCGAGAUAAAGAAAAAAUCAGAACACCAAAAGGAUCAGCGGCUUCGCUCUUCUCUGCGGGCAAAUCGAAGCAGAUCGAUUCAUGCGCAUUUUGUGAUGCAAAGAAUCACACGACUCACGAGUGUCAGGCACAAAUGUCACUCGAUGAAAAGAAGAAACGACUCACUGCGGUUGGUCGCUGCUUCCGGUGCGGUGUAAAGGGACACAUGUCGAAACAAUGCCGCAACAAAAGGCUAAGUUGCAAGCACUGUGGCAGAAGACACCUGUCUCAAAUGUGUGACCCCACCUGGAGGCAACCUGAGAACACAGCCGCAGAGUUGCACUCUUCAGCAGAACAGAAGUCGGAAAAUGUGCCUACCGUGCUGCUCCAAACGGCCCAAGUAUGGGCAGAAGGACGAGGGAGAGCUCUGACGCGCCUCCUCUUCGACGGGGGUAGCCAACGAAGUUUUGUCACAAAGAAGCUUUCCCGCGAACUGCAACUAGAGGUGAUUGGUGAAGAGGACAUCACAAUCUACCCAUUCGGAGGAUCAGGCAACAUUAGGGAGUUUUAG